AUGCCACUGGUUCCUCAUCGCCUGUCCCUCAAGCACACCUACGAUGCCGAGCUGGCCCUCCCGCCGCCCUACAACGACCGCUGGGCCGAGGAGAUCGGCUGCCGCUGGGAUCAAGGCAACAGCGGUAUCGAUGAGCCGCCGCCGGACUACUUUACCCAGAGUCUCGACCCGCUGGGCCAGCUCGUCUUUCAGUACUCCCGGAAUGCCGACUGGCGCGACGUGCAAAUGAUCGAGUUGGCCGGCCCCAACGAUCUGCAGCCGCUCUUCCUGGUCGAGUACCCGCAGGAGACACCCGUGACGACCCGGGCCGAUCUCGAUCAAAAGCAAUACGAGCGCUGGGAGAUCCGGUUGUGCAGCGCCGGCGUCGAGGAGCUCUCCCUAUUGAGUAUAAUCCGCAAAGCCGCCGCCUUUGAUUUUGAAGUGCAAGACGUGCACAACCGGUUCAUGAAGUCCGGAUACCGACGCACUGGCGCCGUCCUUCCGAAGCACAAGUUUGACGGCUUUCACGGCGACCACUAUGCCUGGUGUCCUGUGCCCUUCAAACCCAACCAGUUCCAGCUGGUCCACUACGAACGCCAAAAGACCGUCGUUGGAUCCUACACUCUCUCACAAAGCGGCGACCGGAUCGAGGGCCGGAUUGUGCUGAGUCCCGAUGUUGCCCGCGACCAGACCGUCGCUCUCUCAGCGGCACUGCUGAUCCACGAAUACGAUCGAGUCUCGGCUCUCCGUCAGCAGCGCAAGCAGCAACUGCACACAGCCACGGCCAUUCGCAAACGCUCGGGCGGCAACUUGCGGGCCAUGAUGGCUCAGAGCUCAUCCAUAACGCUGGUCUGA